UUCUUCUCCAUCGACACCACAAUGUCUCUGCCGUCCGCUACCUAUAAAGCGGAAUGGCUCCCCAAGGUACAACUAUACAGACAGAGACUCGCCGACUCCAUCCCAAAGGAGUAUCUCUUGGACGACACCAAAGUGCCUGAGGAUCUCGACACGGUCCCUUUCAACGCUGUCAGCUUCUUGUACAACGAAAAGCUCUUGUCCGAGCGCGAGUUUGCUAUAACUGACCUCAAAUGUGAGACAUUGGCCGCCAAGAUCGCCGCGUCUGAAUACUCUUCCGUGGAGGUGCUCAAGGCAUUUACUAAGCGUGCGGUCAUCUGCCACCAGCUCACGCACUUUGCCACCGAGUUUUUCUUCGAUCAAGCCUUAGAAAGGGCUGCCGAGUUGGAUGCCUAUCUUGAAAGAACUGGCAGCACUGUUGGACCCUUCCACGGGUUGCCUAUCUCCUUAAAGGACGAGUUGCACAUUCGAGGCAAGGUGAUGCAUCUUGGGAAUGUUUCGCGUGUGGAAACCGUCUCCGAGACGUCCCACAUCUCUGCCAGAGUCUUGGAGGAAUUAGGAGCGGUCUUUUUUGUCAGAACCAACAUUCCCCAGGCGAUGUUGUUCCUCGACGGAGUCAACAACCUCACGGGUCGCCGUACCACCAACCCCAUCAAUUCUACCUUGACCACUGGCGGGUCUUCCUCGGGCGAGGCGGUGUCUGCAACUUUCAGGGCUGCCGCAUUAUCUGUGGGUACCGAUAUGGGUGGCUCCAUCAGGCUUCCCGCUGCCUUUUCUGGUUGUCUGGGUUUCAAGCCUACCGGUAAGCGUAUCGCCAACGGGACGGGUUACAACGGCCAAGAUGCGAUCCAGACUACUUCAGGGCCAAUGUCAAAGUACCCCGAAGACUUGCAGUUCUUCAUGAAACACUAUAUCAACGACGGGAAGCCAUGGACCAAGAAUGCCUCGCUUGUGCGGGUUCCGUGGAUCACGGGUCCAGCCUCCCAGAAACUACUCAAGGUGGGGAUUAUGUACGACGAUGGGGUCACCAGACCUCUUCCAGCGAUUGAAAGAGGGCUACGGUUUGCGGCUGAAAAGUUGGAUGCUGCUGCCGACGUGGAAGUGGUGGAGUUUUUCCCGAUCAAACCCCAGGAGCUUUUGGAGCUAGGUCUGAGAUUCUUUUCCUUAGACGACGGUCCGGCAAAGCUUGGCGUUUUAGCGGAAUCUAAUGAGCCGUUAUUUCCGAUGGCACAGGAGGCGAUGAAUGGUGGCGGUAAGGAGUUUACCGCUUCCGAGAACAGGGAGUUGACCUUCACCAGAGACGCCAUCAAGGACGACUUUAACAAUUACAUGGUGGAAUACAAGAUCGAUGUGAUUUUGACUGCGGUGCACUUGAAUGUGGCUACCGUUCCGCAAAAGUCCACCUUCUCGCUGUACACGCUUCCUUUCAACGUGUUGGAUAUGCCGGCCGUGACGAUCCAGACCGGCUUGUUCCAGGACCCAGCCGUUGAUGUGAUCAAGGGCGAAAGAACCGGUUUCAGGUCGGAUAUGGAGAAGACGGAGUGGAGUGGAUAUAAUGCUGAAACACACCGUGGAGCGCCAAUUGGGGUGCAGCUCAUCGGUAAGAGAUUCUACGACGAGGAGCUCUUGAAUGCUGCAAUUUAUUUCACAUCGCUUUUUAAGUAAGAAUUGUCCGGCCAAGGAACUAAAAUCAUUCCGCAAUGUAUAGAAUCCCGUACUUUGAUAAAUACCAGUCUAAAAAUACAAUUUUCUACUGGUUUUCAAUCAGGGAAAUUCCAAUGUUGGGGGUGUAUCCAACCCAGAAAUUAAAAGUUGCGAACAGCCACUAAUACGACGUUAUGAGUAUUAUUUUUAGAUGUGUUGUGAACAAACGACUACAAGACCGUGAUAUCGGGGAUUUAGAUACUAUACCGUUCGGUGAAUGCUGUUGAUCACAGGAAGGCUAUCUUCUGGGAAAAUUGUGUCUGGCGUAACUCCAUUGGUAGAAUUUGUUAUAUAGGUAGUAAUUAGAAGUAUGGUUGAGGCAACAA